AUGUCCGGACCACCGAGCCUAGGCCCCACACGCAUCAUUCUUGACGUGACAGGAGAUGUACCAGAUUGGAAAGAAGAAUACAAAAAGUUCUUGCUAUCUGUCAAAGACUCUGACGGAUACUUUCGCUAUAGAUGGGGCCCAUGGAAGGAAGAUCCAAGCAAGCUAGAGAUCCUUGCAACAUGGGCUCCCCUCGAGAGCCGUACCGCUUUCGGCAAAUCUGAGCACCACCAGAGGGCUGUCGAGGCACUGAAGCCGGUCCUGGCAGGGCCUGUGCCUACAAAGUGUCCCCGCUUCGACCUUGACGUGCGCACCUUUGUGCCCCCGCCGCCUCAGCUUAUUAACAGCCCCAUUUGCGAGGUCAUCACCAUCCGACACUGUACCGGAAAUCGCGAGGCUAUGGCCGAGACGCUAAAGAAGGCUGAAAGUUUGCCCGGCUGCCACGCAGCCCACUCUGGUAUUGGAGCGAUGGACAGUCCUGAUCAGGGGACUGUGUGGCUUGGAUUUAUUGGAUGGAGGGAUUAUGAUUCCAGCAAGGAAGCGGACAAGACGAUUUAUACACCGGAAGGUGUUGGAGAAAUCGAGCGUCAUCACAUCAAUUUCAACUUUCCGAUCAAGGGAUUUUCAGUUACCAACCCUGGCAGAUAA